GUGGUCACAUGUGUUUAUAGUGAUGGUGCAAAAUGGACAGUAUUUUAAAAGAUAUGCUGAGUGUAAUGGAGACACACAUUGACUUUGAGAGACUAUUAGAAGAAUUAGGAUCAGAAGCAACCAAUCUUCCUGAUAUAUCACAAGGUUGGUCUGAUGGUUUGAGACAAGCGAUAGAUCAUCAAGCAAUGAGUCUGUCUCAGUCUCCAGAGACGUUUGGUACAUGGCUACUGAUUAAUAAACUAAAAGAAACAAAUGAUGAUAAAGUGAUUGAUGGGGUAAUUAGUGUGGGCGUGAUAUUACGAGAUUUGAUGUAUAUUAAUCAUCAAAAUUUAAUUGAAUUACUAAUCAAACAUAUUUCAUUUAUUAGUUUAUACAGUAUAUUUAAAUUACAUACAGCUGGACUAGUAUUAAUACAUGAAAUAUUGUCCAAUUCUUCAAAUAUGAAGGAAACAGUUUGUGAAUAUUUCAUUACAUCAUUAGUCUCCUCCUCCUCUCAUGAAUUACCAGCUGGUAUUAUUAGAGUAUUACUAUCUCUUUCCUUCAGUCAAUAUAAUGAGUAUAAUAAUGAUAAUGGACUCAACUCCACUGCUCAAUGUAGUAACAAUAUUCUAAUGGAAGCUGUUCAAAGAGAUGUCCAUUGUUCAUCUGAUCCAGUUAUUAUUAAUAUAAUAGUUAGUGUCUGUAAUGAACUCGGUCUCUCGUUGCAGCUGUUUCUUGAUCACCUCCUUUCCUCUAUCAUCUCACGUCCGCCAUUUUGUAACGCGAGAGAAAUGCUGACUAGACAGAAUGAGGUGACUUUGUCAUGUAUUGAAGAAGGAAAGUCAAAAUUACUGAGCAAAGUUGCCAUGUUAAUGGGUCAUUCGUUGUGUUGGAAGAAUAUCAUUAAAAUAUCUCAAUCAUCAAAUGUUAAUUGGUUUGGAUUAUUGCAGUUCGUUAGUUGUUGUGUUCACACUCACAUUGACCAUGUAACAGGAUUUAAAAAGUGUAUUACUGAUUUAUUAUUAAUAUCACUGAGUCAAGAAAAUGAAGAGUAUUUGAUAAUUAGUUUAUUAUUGUCAAGACAAGGAGGGAUGGAGGGAGGGCAUGUCUUCCCAUCAUAUGGUAACUGGUUUAAGUCAGUUUUUGGUUCUUCUCAACAUUCUUUGAUGGAUUCAAAAAGAACUUUGACAUUUCUAAUCAAGUGCUUAACUAAUUUAAUCAAUGAGGAUCCACCAUAUUGUUUACAAGCUCAUAUUACUUUUCCUCCAAGAAAACUAGCAAAGUGUAGUCAGUUAGUAACUGGAUAUAUUGUAAAGGCUAAAUCAAGACUGGACUAUUUACAAGUACUUACAUUAUUGUCAUGUAGCAAAGAAUAAUUGUUCUAUUGUCCAUG